UCAGACGCACGGGACGCGUUCUCAGAACGGCGACAAGAGUGACCUCAUCACUCUCACCGCGAGCGGUCCCGGAGACAGCCCGAGCCCCGCCCAUGGCGAGCACCGCCUGACCCGGCCCGUCCUGUGUCCCAGUCACCGGAGAACCGAUCGCAGCCCGCCGCGGCAUGGCGGAAACCAACAGCCUGGCGGUGCAGCAAAUCCUGGACAGGAGUUGCUGGGUGUGCUUCGCUACGGAUGAAGACGAUCGAACGGCAGAAUGGGUGAGACCAUGUAGGUGCAGAGGGUCCACCAAGUGGGUGCACCAGUCGUGUCUCCAGCGUUGGGUGGAUGAGAAGCAGAGGGGGAAUAGUACGGCCAGAGUUGCCUGUCCACAGUGCAAUGCUGAAUACUUAAUUGUGUUUCCAAAUUUGGGUCCCGUGGUAUACGUCUUGGAUUUGGCAGACAGACUUAUAUCCAAGGCAUGUCCAUUUGCUGCUGCGGGGAUAAUGGUGGGGUCAAUCUACUGGACAGCAGUCACAUAUGGAGCAGUCACAGUUAUGCAGGUUGUUGGUCACAAGGAGGGAUUGGAUGUCAUGGAACGAGCUGAUCCCCUCUUCCUGCUGAUAGGUCUUCCUACCAUCCCAGUCAUGCUGAUUUUGGGCAAAAUGAUUCGUUGGGAGGACUAUGUACUGAGGCUCUGGCGCAAAUACUCAAACAAGCUACAGAUCCUUAACAGCAUAUUUCCAGGCAUCGGAUGCCCAGUACCCCGUGUUCCUGCCGAAGCGAACCCAUUAGCAGAUCACGUCUCUGCGACCCGAAUAUUAUGCGGAGCGUUGGUCUUCCCCACCAUUGCUACAAUUGUUGGCAAGCUUAUGUUCAGCAGUGUUAACUCCAACCUACAAAGGACGAUAUUGGGUGGAAUUGCGUUUGUUGCCAUAAAAGGAGCUUUUAAGGUUUACUUCAAACAGCAGCAGUACUUGCGCCAAGCCCAUCGGAAAAUCCUUAAUAACCCCGAGCCGGAAGAAGUAUAAGGCUUGUAUAUAUCGGAGUGUCAUGCAAUCUCACCCACAAGGUUCCUCAAUGUUGUAUUGAUUUCUUUACCUGUACACAGCCCUCGUGAUUUACAAUAAGCUGCUACCAUUGGCAUUUUAUUUUUUGUGUAAAACAAUAAAGCACUUUUUUUUUUUUUUUUUUUGGGGUGUGUGUGUGUGUAAGGCAACCCUGUGAAGGAAAAAGAACGUAUAAUUACAAAAAACUCAUUAUGAGAUCUGUUUUGUAUGCUUCAGAUCAGGGGUAAUCAAAGGUUAACCCUUCUGCUCCCAGGGAUGGUCAAGAAUUGGGGGAAAUGUUCCCCAACAGAUCAAGAUCUACUUCUGCUUUCAACACAUCCUGAACCAGUGGCUUAAUUUUGUUUACACCAUUACGAAUCAUUUCCUUAAACCACCCUACACACCAGCUUGGAUUGUCCUCAUUUAGUAAUGCGAUCCGCGCUACUGUAAAAUGCCUGGGAAACGCAGUCUUAGAAUAGAAUUGUUAUAACGACAUUGAUCUUUAAUGGGUUAAAAGUGUAAUUUGAAGUACAUUUCCCAUUGGUUUCUGCAAGUAGUACUUGGGAUCCUGUUUGAAUUUUUGUUUAAAAAAUAAAAAAAAUCCAUUUAAGCUGUGCCCUUUCGCAAGGCUGUCAGUUUAAAAAUUACGAGUGAGGGAUUUUUUUUUUCUUUUAAUUAAAAUUACCAAAUGCGUUUUGUUUUUAACAGAUAUUACUGCCAAACAAGGAAAUUUACAGAUCCUCCCCACCCCCCUCCC